AUGACUUCAUCUUCUCCCUCAACCAUAAAACCUUCGACGUCUUUCCAUGAACGAUCAGCUAGCCAUACAAAUGGGUCUCGGUCACGCGUUUCUUCUGCUCGCGUUAAUGGGAAAUCUACGCGAUAUGGGCAAUCCACGCCGGCGGAUGGAAAAAUGCCUACUUCGCGAGAAGGUACGCCAGGGGUAGGGGCGAGUCGGAUGAGCAGAGAAUAUAAUUCAAGCGAAGUGCGCACAGAGAGAACGCAGGUUACAACGAGGGAAAGGGUCCAAGUCAGGUCCAAGAAACAGCCUCCAAGUUCAGCAUCAGUGCCAAAGAGCGAUUGGGAGAAACCAAAAGCGAAGAAGCCCAGUCAAAAUGAGGUUCCAAACCCCGUUGCUAGGUCAAGGAUGAAGGAGAAGGAAAUAGAAAAAGAACAACCAGAGGCGCCUUGGGAGCCGCAAGCAAAUUUAGUUCCGCAUUCGACCGCUCCCCUUGCAUGCCGUGUAUCUGUGCCUCCCCUCUCGUCGCUGGCUCCGCAGGCACUACGCCCACCACCGCUCCGGGAACUAAAUAUGGAGGCGCAGGAGGCCUCAAUUCUUGAGGACCUACUAUUUGUUUUCAUGGGAUACGAGGGCGAAUAUAUCCACUUUGUCAACUCCUAUAAUCCGUCUGAGGAAACAGAUCGCUUAAUUGGACCAUCUUUUCAAAUAGAACCAGGCCUUGAACCUAGCUUGAAGGAUCUUACUCUUUCCAUGCUGAAAAUGGCAACCCACUACAGCGCCAUGGAGGCCUUUGUAGAAGUUCAAAGCAGGGCGGAAUUUGGUGCCGUCAACCAUGCCCUUUGUGCUGCAAUACGCAAGUUGCUAAAGGACUAUCUUAUUCUAAUCGCCCAGUUAGAAAACCAACUUCUCAAUAAUAGUAAUUUUACAUUACAUGUUCUCCACCUCCACGUCAUGCCGACCAGCCAGAGUAUGGCUCAGCUCUAUGCACUUGGACAAGAGCUACUGAAGAAAAAUUCACUUCUGGUCCAGGAAUCUGACGAGUCAGUUGAUGAUUUUGAUGAUGUGGAAAAUAUCCUUGAACAAUUGAGGGAAGGGGGUGAACUAGCUCCCGGGAGCAUGUCCAGCAAAAAGCUCUGCAAAGGCGGUAAUGUUUUAGGAGUAUUAACUCAGCGACUUGCGACUUUCUCUGGCGAUCCAACGACGGGAACAUUGCUUCAGACUCUGUUGCGCGAGGCUAGCCGCCCAUAUAUGACCAUGCUAAACGAGUGGCUGCACCAGGGAGCCAUCAACGAUCCUCACGCGGAAUUCCUCGUCAAAGAGCAGAAAGGCAUCAAGCGUGACAAACUCGAGGAGGAUUAUACCGAUGAAUAUUGGGAGAAGCGAUAUACCAUCCGUGACAGCGAAGUUCCCCCCCAGCUGGACACAGUCAGGGAUAAGGUUCUGCUUGCUGGCAAGUAUCUCAAUGUUGUUCGCGAAUGUGGGGGGGUUGAUAUCAGUAAAGAGAUUCGAGAUGUUCCUCUGACUUUUGACGAUCCACGAUUUCUUGAUAACGUAAAUUCGGCGUACGCAUAUGCAAAUGCCUCCUUACUCAACCUUCUCCUAACAAAAAAUUCUUUGACGACCCGAUUCCGCUCUUUGAAGCAUUACUUCUUCCUUGACCGUUCUGAUUUCUUCUCUUACUUUUUGGAGUUAGGGGCAUCGGAGCUCCGUAAACCGGCAAAGAAUGUCAAUGAAGGCAAGUUGCAGUCUUUGCUUGACCUCGUUCUUCGGCAACCUGGUAGUAUUGCUGCCCAAGAUCCAUUUAAGGAAGAUGUGAAGGUUCGCAUGAAUUACAUAGGAUUAACUAAAUGGCUCAUGCGCGUGGAUAACCCAGAUGGCGGGCUUGAAAAAUAUCAAACCCCUGCUCCACAAGUUACAGAGGAAGAAAAAGAUAUUAUCGGGUUUGAUGCCCUAGAACUCGACUACAUGGUGCCAUUCCCUCUCUCACUUGUUAUUAGCCGCAAAACCGUCCUCCGUUAUCAGCUCAUUUUCAGGUACAUCCUCUCCCUUCGCCAUCUAGAAACAUUACUCGGAGCCUCCUGGCAAGAUCACAUGAAAAUGCAGAGCUGGCGACAUAGAUCAUCGGACCGAAAACUCGAGCUAUGGAAGCGAAGGGCUUGGACAUUACGCGCUAGAAUGCUCAUAUUCGUGCAGCAGUUGCUUUACUUCUGCACAGCCGAAGUAAUCGAACCCAACUGGCAGAAUCUCAUGGACAGGGUGAAUGGCGAUGAUGCUGAUGGGACUGAGGUUAUGAUAAAUGGGACAAAGCAGGUCAAUCGGACUGUUGAUGAAUUGAUGCAAGACCACGUUGAUUUCUUAGACACUUGUUUGAAAGAGUGCAUGUUAACUCAGGGAAAACUGCUCAAGAUCCAUUCCAAACUCAUGAUCUGCUGUACUAUGUUCGCUUCCUGGACAGCAUCGUCGCUCUCACGCAGUCUUGUCUCUGCGGAUCCAGAUCUGUCAGGGCCUAGCUCCAAACCGAGCAUCCCCGGCUCCGAUGCCACUAAGGCGUAUGAUGCCACGCGCCUAGGCAAACUUGAGGAUACUUUAAAAAGAUAUGAAGAUCAUUUCAAUCGACACCUGAGGAUAUUGAUGGACAGCUUGAACUAUUUCGCUGCUACUGAAAGCGUAGUUUUGCUCAAACUGGCCCAUUCUUUGAGCACGAUCUGCAAAGAAGAUUGA